GCCAGACGGUUCCCGGCGGGGGGCAGGGGCGGGGCGCCGCAGGAGGCCAGGGACUCCCCGCGGAGGAGGUGCGGCCGAGGGCGCAGCGCAAAGAAGGCCCGCCCGACGACUGACGAGUUGCCAUGGCAUCCUACUAUGAGAUCCUAGACGUGCCGCGCAGUGCGUCCGCUGACGACAUCAAGAAGGCGUAUCGGCGGAAGGCUCUCCAGUGGCACCCAGACAAGAACCCUGAUAAUAAAGAAUUUGCAGAGAGGAAAUUUAAGGAGGUGGCUGAGGCCUAUGAAGUGCUGUCAGACAAGCAUAAGCGGGAGAUCUACGACCGCUAUGGCCGAGAGGGGCUGACAGGGGCAGGAACUGGCCCAUCUCGGGCAGAAGCUGGUGGCGGAGGUGGGCCUGGUUUCACCUUCACCUUCCGAAGCCCUGAGGAGGUCUUCCGGGAGUUCUUUGGGAGUGGAGACCCUUUUGCGGAGCUCUUUGAUGACCUGGGUCCCUUCUCGGAGCUUCAGAGCCGGGGCUCCCGCCCCUCAGGCCCCUUCUUUACCUUCUCUUCCUCCUUCCCUGGGCACUCUGAUUUCUCCUCCUCCUCUUUCUCCUUCAGUCCUGGGGCUGGUGCUUUUCGCUCUGUUUCUACGUCCACCACCUUCGUCCAAGGUCGCCGUAUCACCACACGCAGGAUCAUGGAGAACGGACAGGAGCGGGUGGAAGUGGAGGAGGAUGGGCAGCUGAAGUCAGUCACAAUCAAUGGUGUCCCAGAUGACCUGGCCCUGGGCUUGGAGCUGAGCCGUCGUGAGCAGCAACCGUCAGUCACCUCUAGGUCUGGAGGCACCCAGGUCCGGCAGACCCCCAUCUCGCGCCCCUCUGACAGCGACCUCUCUGAGGAUGACGAGGACCUGCAGCUUGCCAUGGCCUAUAGCCUGUCAGAGAUGGAGGCAGCUGGGAAGAAGCCGGCAGGUGGGCGGGGGGUGCAGCGACAGCAGCAGGGGCGACCUAAGGCCCAGCACCAGGAUCUGGGCAUGGGGGGGCCCCAUGAGGGUGCAAGGGCUGAGGCAGCCAAACCCAGCACGUCCCCGGAGGAGAAGGCCUCCCGCUGCCUCAUCCUCUGAAUAGCGGGCCCAACCCAACCUGGUUCAGGUCUUGACUGGGGCUCGCUCACCCUGGGACGAGCAGAGAGGAAUGUGGGCUGAGCUGCAGGAGCCCGUCUCCACCUGCACGCUCCCUCUGCAGGUUCCCCCAGACCCAGCCACACUCCAGGGUGGACUUGGGAUUUGCUGUGCUCAGCAGAGGGCUGGUAGGUCCCUGGGUGAGGCCUAGGAUGGGAGAGCCGCAGGGCCCUGGAAGGGCUUGAGGAGACAGAUGCACUUAGUGGGUGGGGAGUUUUUGAAGGGUUAGGAUGGGGCCUUCUGUGCCCUGGUCCUCUGCCACCUGUGUUGCCGAUGGUGUCAAGGAAGGAGGACUUGGCCUGGGGUUUGCUGACCCGAGUUGGCUGCUACCCAGGGAGUGGUGAAGGCUGAGUGGAGUCUCCCGCUCUCCUGGCCAGCUGCAGACACCCCCAGCCUGGCGUCUGUGCCGGGCUGAGCUCUGACAUCUCUGCUGCUUCCCUUCUGGUGCUGCUUCUCCUUCCUCCUGCUCUUCUCUUCGCAACUCCCUGCUGGCUGCAUCGCUUGCUGUCACUGCCAUCUGCUAGGACUCCCUUUUUCUUCCUUCUCCAUGAAGGUCUCAGUGUGGCGAGGAAGAUGCUGGGGCCAUGAGGUCUUCUGGGGAGGUUAGCUGGGUGGGGUGGGAACCUCUCAGUGGUCCAGAUUUGGAACUGGAGCCCAAUCGUCCUCCCUUCUGCCUCAGCCUGCCCCCACCCUUGGGACUAGGCAGAGGUGAUGCUGGCUAACACUGGAGAGGUGGGCUAGGGCCAGGGGGACCCUGGAGGAACCUAGGAGGGGACAGACCCUAUGUGACUUCCCUACCAUGCCUCAGGGCUCAAGGAGAGCCACACGGCUAGCCCAGAUCUGCAUGUGCCUCCAUGGCUUGCCGCUGACCCUGUCUCCUGUCGCCCCGCCCCUGCUCUCUCCCCAGAUGUAUUCUGAGCUGGAUGUCCAGGAUCCAGAGUCGCUGCACACUUCCAACAGGACAGCGCCCUCCCCCAUGCGCUGGGAGGGACCCUCCAUUCCGCUCCCUCACCCAUGCUGAGUGUAGAGCUGGGGCCUGGAUGCUGGGAGGGGGCUGGAUUGGGGCGGCAGUAGUCUUAGUCUGUAAAAAUCUUCCCUGGAUGUUUGGUGCUGUCUCUUGGGGACUACAAGUCCCAGAAUGCAACGCACCUGGCCUCAUUUCUGGUAGAUCAUGCUUGGAGGAAGAGGUGCGUGGUAUGGAGCUGUGCCUCUUGGGACAUGUAGUUUUGACCUAGACCUGUCACUUGCUGUGAGAAGGGGAAACCUUGACUUUCGAUCUGUCCCUGGCAGGGGUGGUGAGAACGUGGAUGAAUGGGGAACGAAUGGGGCCUUGGUUCCCCUUGACACCUCUUGCUAGCCCCAGGGUUAGAGUGGGCACGUCAAAGCCCUGUGGCGUCUGGGAGACAUUCUUAUCCUGUGGGCAGCCCCGGGUCUGUGGAACUAGCCGGGGCAGCAGCUGGAAGACUAAGCAGGGCAUAGCCCAGGAGGCUGCUGGGCGUGGGCAGGGAGAGGGCUUCCCGGGGCAGGGGCGCGUGUGGCUGGGCCGGGGGUGUGAUGUGACGGAGCGCUGGGCAUGCUGCUGCUUGGAUGGCUUUCUGUGGCCUCUGCCCAUUCUUGCUGCACAUUCUUUCUCUCUACCAUCAUCGAUGAGCUGCCUCUCCUCCUCUCUGCCCAGGGAGCCCAGUGGCCGGGGAGGGGAGUGCAGGGGCCGGGUGUCCCAGCCACUGUAACACGGAGCCUCAGAGACCUAUUGAAGCCAGUUGGGCUGAGCUCAGACCAAGGAGGAGACACUGGAAGGCAAUAAAGCUGUUGAGAGAGCUUGA